GAAGACGAAGACGAAGAAGAAGAAGGAAGUGUUGCAUUGUGGGGAUCGAUUCGUGGGCCUUAAUCGUGUGUGUUAAGUAAUACGUUAAUAUACACAUAUAUCCGCUCUUGCUUUGGCGUAGCUCUUACGAGGCUUGGUAAUUUAUUUCCGCAGAUUAGAUGCGUUAUAUUGAGAAUGAAUAGUUGAAAUGAAUCAUGCCUAUACACUUGAAUGGAUAUAACAACAGCAGCAUUGAUGUGUGGAUGUGGAGACUCCGUGUAAACUAAUUAUCCGAAAGACAGGCACACCAUCUGAAGGUCCACACAAAGCAGCUGGUGUGGGUGUUCAUCUUUAUUAACCCGUUGAAUAUCCUCGUACAAAUUCCUCUGAAGCUUGUCGGCAGCUCGUCCAUCAUGGCCUCUUCAUCGGGUAACGACGAUGACCUGACGAUUCCGAGGGCGGCGAUCAAUAAAAUGAUUAAAGAAACACUUCCCAAUGUGCGAGUAGCGAACGAUGCCAGAGAGCUGGUGGUGAACUGCUGCACAGAGUUUAUUCACCUCAUCUCAUCAGAAGCCAACGAGAUCUGCAAUAAAUCUGAGAAGAAGACUAUUUCUCCAGAGCAUGUUAUGAACGCACUUGAAAGUCUAGGUUUUGGGUCAUAUAUCGCAGAAGUAAAAGAUGUUCUGCAGGAGUGUAAAACGGUAGCACUUAAACGGAGGAAGGCCAGCUCUCGACUAGAGAACCUUGGCAUUCCAGAGGAGGAACUUCUCCGUCAGCAGCAAGAAUUAUUUGCCAAGGCACGGCAGCAGCAGGCUGAAUUGGCACAGCAGGAGUGGUUACAGAUGCAGCAGGCUGCCCAGCAGGCACAGUUAGCAGCAACUUCAGCCAGUUCAGAACAGCAGGCUGGAUCUUCCCAGGAUGAAGAUGAAGAGAUGACAUGUGAAUCCCACCAGGCAGAUAGAUAUAUUUAAAUAAUUACGUGUGUUUGUGUGUAAUACAUACACACACACAUGGUCUCCUCAACACACUCUAUCCUAAAGCCUUGGCAGAUAGAGGGAUCUCUGCAGUGUUGUCCCUUAUAUAAAUGUUUCAAUCAUACAACUCAGUAUAAUUUCAUAAUGACUCUUUAGGAACUAUCUACACUUUUCCUGUGUGCUGUCCUGUGAUUCAUUGCUAUAUUUGCGUCUCUUUAAUUAUUAGAAUAUUAGCUCUUGAAAAUCCCUUUUUUCCUUUGUGUAUUCCUGAGUUAAUUAAAGCCAAGUUUCACAAUAUUGUGUGUAUGUGAUAAGGAUGUUAAAUCACAUAAUGUUGCUGUUGAAAUGAGGCAUACCACUGCCCUUAGUUCAGAAGCCAGUGUUUUAACUCGCUGCCUUCUGUUUUAGGUAAAUUGCAUAUUUCUCUUAUAUUUGUCUUUCUAAAAGAGCUUAUAUUUGGGAAAACAUUUUUGGAAAGGGAUUUUUACAGCAGUCCCCCCCUUCCAUAUUUUCUCAGUGUUUUGUUCAGUGAGGUAAGAGAAGCUGUGAUUUGUAAUGUAGGGUGGUUUUUUUUCAUUGUGAGGAUAAAGAUUAUAUGUAGAUAGGCCUUUACUUGCCCUGAGCUAAAAACAGUAUUCCAAUGAAAAGAUUUGCAUUUGCAGAAUAUCUGACUCGUAGUACCAAAGAUAGAAGAAAUUAUGACUUCUUUAACUAGAUAGGCUUCAGAAAUCUACCUAAGGUAUUUGCUGUCUGUACAAAAUGAGCACUCCAGUGCAAAACUACACUAAGGACUUGGUAAACCUGUUGAUGGCAAUUCUCCAUUUUUUUCAGGUGCAGUGUAUAAAGUUGAAUUGGGAAUGUGUGGUUGAGAAGCGUAUUCACAUGCCUUUGCAAAAGCUGUAAACUUUAUUCUCCAAGCAAUAAAAUCAACCUGUUUUAUAGA